GUUUUUCGUGCGUAUGGCACAUGAAGAAAUUUUAGUAUGGCGUUGAAAGGUGGUAAGCAGGCUUCUGGGGAAGCAGCCCAGUUUUUUAGUGGGCAAGACGUUGAGUCUCAAAAUGCUUCAUUGCAAGCAACAGCAGAAAAGGUUGUUGAUCUUCUUAAUCAGUCACAACUAACAUCAUCAGAAAACAAACUUAGUUAUUUAAAACAGGUUCAAGAAUUGAUUGUCAACAAAGAUCCUACAUUGUUAGACAAUUUCUUAGAUGAAAUAUUAAUUUUUCAACAAGAUCGUUCUGGUGACAUACGAAAAUUUGUUGUUGUUUUUAUUGAAGAAGCAUGCAAGAAAGAUCCAGCACUGUUAUCAAAAACUGUUGGUUGUUUAUCAUACAUGCUUAGUGAUGAAAAUACUACUGUAUCAAAAAGAGUAAUGUUGGCUUGUAAUUCCUUAUAUAAACUUGCAUUACAGCUUAUUUGCAAAGUACGAACUAUUAAAGAUGACCUUCGAGAAAUGUGGGAGAACAUGAAUGAACUUAAAAGACAUAUAUGUGGCAUGAUUGAGUCAGAUAAUGAUGGUGUUCGUACCCAUGCCAUUAAAUUUAUGGAGAUGUUAAUACUUGUUCAUUCUCCUCGAUCACAAAACGAAGACCGCAGAAGAGAUGCAGAUAUCUCACUGGACAUAGUUCCUAAAAAUCAUCCAUUAGUGACGUACGAUGAUUUGGUAGACGAAGGUGUUACUACUUUAGAAGCUCUACUUGCUUUGUGUGCUUCAUCCAAUAUUUCUAGUGUUAACCUAAUGGCUGUGUUGAGCUCUCUUGCAAGUAUUGGUAAACAAAGACCAAUGUUUCUUUCAACUGUUGUCAAAUCAUUUGAAUCAUUACAUGCGAAUCUUCCACAGACUUUAUCAAAAUCGCAAGUCAGCAGUGUCCGAAAAAACCUCAAAUUGCAGCUAUUUUCAAUUAUUAGGCUUUCCUCUGCUGAACCCUACAUCACACAGAUUGGUACGCUUCUAACUGAUCUUGGUGCUACAGGCCCUGAGAUUCAGAAAAGCUUACCAAAACUUGGCUCACAAAAACCAAGGACCAAUGAUGAAGACGCAAAUGUUAUGUCAAAAAAGAAAAUUAAAACGGAAGACAAAAUGGAUGUUUCCGGCCAAUUCAGUCUUUCUAAAGCAAUAGAACUGACUACAGCUGACAUCGUGCCGAGAUUAACAAAAGAAACAGUGACUAACUUAGUCCUUGUUAGUAUGUUGUUUCUACCACGAAAUAUGCCAUCUCAUUUCCAAGAAACGUUCACACCCAUCGCUGCAGCUGGAAGCAGCACACAAGCAGAACAUCUAGGUAGGUUGAUGGCAACACAGAUGACAAACGCUGGUGUGGGAGUUGGUGUUGAAAUGGCCAAAGAGGUAGCUGCAACAGAGAAGAAAGAAAAAAAAUCUGGCAAGGUUGAAACAUCCCUUACGAAACAAGCAGGUGGCGAACAAACGAAAACUAAAAGCAGUUCUUCAAAACAACCUCGAUCAGUACGUGAUAUCGCAUCGGAUUUAAAAGUAGGUUCAAAAUCGUCCUCCUCCGCAGAUUCGAGUUCAACUCGAUUGCGGAAGAUAAAACAAUUCAGAUUACAAGACGCAGUACAAAAUCUCAAAUCAGAUGGACGAAAAAAAAUGUUACAUUUAAGUUAUAAAAGAAUUUUACGAGCGACAAAGAAAGCGUCCAUAAGUGGAUCUAGUGCGGAACAACAUAAAAUUAUUGUUGGAUUGGCAAUGCAGUUUUACGAAGAACUAACUGCAGAUUUGAUAGAAUUUGUGAUGGAAGAUUUUCGAUCAAGAAUAGAUUUAUGUAUCUUGUGGUUGUUUCAAGAGUACGUAAAAGCAGAAUCAAAAGGAGAUGUAAAAAUGCUUCGUUACACGCAAUGUUUAGAAAGUAUCAUAAAUGGGAUGAAAACUUGUUUAGAACCACGUGACAAGUUGUUCACUAGAUUUAUCUUAGAAGCUCCAUACUUGUCAGAUGGUGUUCGGAAAAUAAUAAAAGAAUAUUGUAUGGAUCCGGAGAGGAUUAUGGUUGGUUUUUCAACAUUACGUGAAUUGAUCAGUAAAACACCAGCUCGUUGUCAAGAAUGGUUACAAUUGUUGUUGGAGUUGACCACUGCUGAGAAAGAACAGGUGCGUGUGCAAGCAAUCCAUUCAGCAAAAAAAUUGCACAGCAGACCUGAUUUUGCAGACAGUAUAGAGGAUUUCGCGCUUCAUAGUUUACAGCGAUUAUUACUAGAUACGCCUCCUAUAAAGGAAACGUUCUCAGACGAAAAUCAAGUUGAAGUGGAAACAUCUGAAUGGUCAGAAGAAUCCAUCAAAUCGUAUCUUUACUUAUACCUAGCUCUUCUUCCAACGAAUCACGCGCUGUUUUUGAAUCUUGCAGAGGUAUAUGUUGACGCAUCAGCUAUCAUCAAAAGAACAGUCCUUCGUCAUUUAGAACACCCUGUUCGAGCAAUUGGUAUGAAUUCUCCGGAGUUGUUACGACUUGUUGAACACUGUCCAACUGGUGCUGAAACUUUAGUUACUCGUGUCUUGCACAUUGUAACAGAUAAAAGUCCUCCGACUCAAGAACUUGUACAAAAGGUGAAAGAAUUGUAUCAUAAACGUGUGUCUGAUGUUAGAUUUUUAAUCCCUGUUUUAAAUGGUCUGGCUAAGAAUGAGAUUAUAGAUGUGUUACCCAAACUCAUCUCGCAAACACCAAAUGUAGUGAAGGAGGUUUUUAAUCGAUUACUUGGUUCGACUCAAACAAACGCAGCUGCUGCGAAUCCUCCACUGUCACCUUCUGAGUUGCUUGUUGCUUUACAUUCUGUGGAAUCGAAAAGUGAUGUGAAAGCCGUCAUGAAAGCUAUUAACAUAUGUUUUGGCGAAAAAAACAUCUACACACAAGAAGUUUUAGCUGUUGUUAUCCAACAACUGAUGGAUAUUUCACCGCUACCUACCUUAUUUAUGCGAACUGUUAUACAAUCACUCGGAAUGUGUCCUCGCUUAGUUGGUUUCGUUAUGAACAUUUUAUCAAAGUUAAUCAACAAACAGGUUUGGAAAUACCCGAAAGUUUGGCAAGGUUUUGUAAAAUGUUGUCAGAUGACAAAGCCUCAAUCAUUUCCAGUAUUGCUUCAACUUCCACCAAAACAAUUGGAAAGCGUUUUUGAAAUUGCUCCAGAUGUAAAAGAACAACUUGAAAAUCACGUUGGAAAUUUGACAUCUAAUCAACGAUCACACAUACCGAAAACAGUGUUGCAACUUCUUGAAAAAGAAGAGAAACCUUCGUCAUCAACGAAUGCCGACGACUUAUCAGCGACAUAUUCGAGCAGCGAAAGUAGAAAACGAAAAGCUGAUGUAAAGGAAUCUCCCCGGGCGGCCUCAAAAAGAAAACUCACGGAGAGUGACAAAUCGUAACAGCUUUGUCCGAAAAACAUUUUUCGCGAUGGUAUGUUUACUAAAUUUAGUCGGCGAAAAUAAUUGAAGAAAUGUUGGCUAAAAUCACCUCCACGAGUUCUCAUUGGUUAACGUAAACGCACUGUAAAAGCCAUUGUAUUGAUAAAAAUGUAUUUUUUUAUCAAAGAAAUUACACAAGUGGUUGUA